UUAUAAUUAAAUAAAGAAUAUUAUAAAGAAAAAUAAAGAUUCUCGGAGUCCCCAAGGGAGCAAUCUCUCAAUAAGUUUCCAUUUACAACAAAGGAGAGGAGAGGAGUGGAGUCACCAAUAUGAUGCACUUGUGGUAAAGACUUUGCCUUUUUAUAAAAACAGAGAUUAAAUAAGAUCCUUAUUCUCCUCCUCCUCGGGCCUUUCGAUCUGAUUUCAUGGCAACGACUCCUCCAUCUCACGCCACAGAUCUUCUUAUUACUUCAGAGGAGCAGCCUGUUAAUCUGGACAUCAUGAAGGAGCAGUCUGUUGCGGCAAACAAUGAGACAUCAGCCUCUUUUAAUAAGUCCUCUCAGGAGCCUGCUGUUGUAGUUCAUCCAGCCAAAGUUGCUCCACUCUCUGCACCUUAUGGUUUAUCAGGUGACUUUGCUGGACACUUGCCUAGCAGCAUCCUCUCUCCUCAAGCACAAGGCUUUUACUAUAGAGGUUAUGAAACCCCCACAGGCGAAUGGGACGAGUAUUCUUCAUAUGUCAAUGUUGAAGGACUGGACAUCAACUCUCCUGUUGGCUUCAAUGAGAAUGCUUCUAUGGUCUACCAAACAGGAUACGGAUACAACCCUCAGAUGCCAUACGGACCAUAUUCCCCUGCUGCAACUCCCUUACCUUCUGAGGCGCAGUUGUAUUCCCCACAGCAGUUUCCGUUUUCAGGGGCAUCGCCUUAUUACCAGCAGGUAGUUCCUCCAAGCAUGCAGUAUAUAUCUUCCCCAACUCAGCCAGAGCUCACCAGCCUUGUCGCUGUUGACCAACAAGGUGAUAACAUGACAAGACCGUCCUACCAACCUCACCCUAUUGGACCGUUUAAUGGAAACCAGACGAACCUUGGUUUUCCUGAGUGGCAGCAAGGUUUUGACGGGGGGAUAUGGUCGGAUUGGUCCAAGCCUUCUGAUAUGCACAGACAUUCUUCUUCUUUUUCGCCGGCUUUGUCUCCUCAGCCACUCGGUUCUUUUGGAUCAUAUGGCCACAACAUUCCCAUGGGGUCACAAAGACAGAGACCAUUCUACGGUCGUGGCCAAGGCUCUAACUAUGGAAGUAGACUAAACUCUUAUGUGGGUAUGGGAAACCAAAGCUGGAUUGGCGUUGACAGCACUCGAGGGCGUGGAAGAGUUACUGAUCCAUCCCUUGGUGGCGGUUAUAAUGGCAACUAUGAUAUCCUCAACGAGCAGAACCGAGGACCAAGGGCUUUAAAGCCCAAGACUCAGGUCUCAGAGGAGCUUGAUUCUUCUGCUGAUAGUAAGAAACAUAACAAAGACAGUCCCAAAGAGGAAUCCAACAACAACAAUAAUCCUGAGUUUGUCACUGACUACAGUGAAGCUAAGCUCUUCAUAAUCAAGUCCUACAGUGAAGACAACGUACACAAGAGCAUCAAAUACAAUGUAUGGGCUAGCACUCCUAAUGGCAACAAAAAGCUUGAUGCUGCUUACCGUGAGGCCAAGGAGGAGAAAGAAGCUUGCCCAGUGUUUCUUCUGUUCUCUGUAAACGCGAGCUCUCAGUUCUGUGGAGUUGCGGAGAUGAUUGGACCUGUGGAUUUUGAGAAGAGCGUUGAUUACUGGCAACAAGACAAGUGGAAUGGACAGUUCCCAGUGAAGUGGCACAUCAUCAAAGAUGUUCCAAACAGCCAGUUCCGCCACAUUAUAUUGGAGAACAAUGACAAUAAGCCCGUGACUAAUAGUCGAGACACUCAAGAAGUGAAACUGGAACAAGGCAUAGAGAUGCUGAAGAUUUUCAAGAACUACGAUGCUGAGACUUCAAUCUUGGAUGAUUUUGGGUUUUAUGAAGAGAGGGAGAAAAUAAUCCAAGAACGGAAGGCAAGAAGACAGCCAAACUUACCAUCUGCAGGAGGAGGAGAAAACGAACAUAAGCCCGCUUCUGCUGCAUUGCAGACAGAGUUCAUCAAGAACAUGUCAAAAAGUUUUGCGCAGGUUGUCCGCUUGGACGAGGGCAGCAAAGCAUCUCCAGAUGCAACUACAACAACCGUAGCAGUCUCUUCUGGUCAAUCCAACUAGUAAGUAAAAGGCACAAUCAAUUAGCAAAGACUUUAUGUUUUUCAGUUUCCAUAAUGAUCUUUUGUUUGGUUCUAAGAAGGGGUGGUGGGGUAUUCAAAUGAAAUUUAAAGUCUGGCCUGGUCUGGUUUUUGUGUAAAGUAAGCUUCUUUGGCGAGGGUAUUUAGCCAUUUUGAUUCAUUUCCCUCUUUUCAAUGUUCUGCACCCUCUCUUCAGGGUUGAUAGAAGAUGAUGAUGUAUCAAAGACAAUAUAAAUGUUGCUCUUGUAAAGUAGCUUCAUAUGGCUUUGCAGGCAGUAUUUAAUAAUGAUGCAGAUUACACCCAUCAA